AUGGCAUCAUAUCUCGAGAAGCUCUUCUCACUGGAGGGCCAUCUGGCCGUCGUCACAGGCGGGACCCGAGGUAUCGGCCAGGCAAUGGCCCUCGCCCUGGCUGGCGCAGGCUCGGACAUCAUACUAAUUCAAAGAGACGAGAGCAAUCUCGAGACCAAGAAGAAGGUCGAGGCGCUAGGUCGCAAGUUCUUCGUGUACACAGCUGAUUUGGGAUCUCAAGAAGCUGUCGAAGGCAUUACGAAGCGGAUCCUGGAUGACAAGCAUGAUCCAGACAUCCUGGUUACAGCUGCUGGCAUCCAGAGACGGCACGCAGCACACCAGUUCCCCAUGAGCGAUUGGGACGAUGUACUCCAAGUAAACCUAAAGACAGUCUGGACCCUCUGCAGAGAUCUUGGAGCGUACUUCCUGUCACGGAAACGGGACUCAACAGGCCGUCGUGGUGCCAUCAUCAAUGUGGCCUCGCUACUGUCCUUCCAGGGUGGCCUGAACGUGCCCGCAUAUGCCUCUGCCAAGGGCGGUGUCGCACAGCUGACAAAGUCCCUGUCCAACCAAUGGUCCGGCGAAGGUGUCAACGUCAACGCCAUCGCGCCUGGCUACAUUUUUACGGACAUGAAUGAGGCGCUCAUCAACGAUGAGAAGCGCGCGGCGAGCAUCCUUGAGCGUAUCCCUACUGGACGAUGGGGGACACCGCAGGACUUUGAGGGCGCGACGGUAUUCCUGGCUGGGUUGGGGUGCAGAUAUGUCAGUGGGGAGAUCUUGACCGUUGAUGGGGGAUGGAUGGGACGAUGA